UUGUCAUUUGUGCGUGGUGACCGAAGUCCUAAUAGUUCUUGGCGAUGAAGAUAUAAGCCAAAUGCAUGGCUGAGAAGCGAGAAGCAAGACAUUCUCUCUUUUGGGAAAGAGGGAGCGAGUGAUGUGGGUGAUAGUGCGAAACGAAUGGCUUCUUUGUGUCUGAGUUCAUUACCUCCUCCUCCUCCUUCCCAUCCUCGCAAGCUCACUGAAACCACUUCGUCUUCUUCUAGCGUCACUUUGAAGAGCAGUGCUACAGGAGGAGCUUUGAAACCUAUAGUCGUUGAUGGAGACCCUCCCACUUUUGUCUCGGCUCCUGAUCGGCGUAUUGUUGCUGUUGGGGAUCUCCAUGGUGAUCUUGAUCAAGCAAGAUGUGCAUUUGAAAUUGCUGGCGUAUUGAGUUCCGAUGGUCGUGAUGUAUGGACUGGUGGAGAAACGGUCUUGAUUCAGCUGGGAGACAUACUAGACCGGGGCGAGGAUGAAAUAGCCAUAUUAUCGCUACUUCGUUCUCUCAAUAUUCAGGCGAAAGCUGAAGGCGGAGCAGUUUUCCAGGUCAAUGGGAAUCAUGAGACUAUGAAUGUGGAAGGAGAUUUCAGAUAUGUUGACCCUGGUUCCUUUGAUGAAUGCGCUGAUUUCCUGGCAUACUUGGAUGAAUAUGAAUACAACUGGGAAGCUGCUUUUGUUGGCUGGUUAGGUGUCUCUAAAAGGUGGAAAGAGGAGAGGAAAAUGUCCCAACAUAACUGGGAUCCCUGGAAUCUAGUGAAGAGGCAGAAAGGAGUGAUUUCCAGAUCAAUGCUCUUGAGACCGGGUGGUCGAUUGGCUUGUGAGUUGGCACAGCAUCCUGUUGUGCUUAAGGUUAAUGACUGGGUAUUCUGUCAUGGUGGCCUUCUUCCUCAUCAUGUUGCAUAUGGCAUUGAGAGGAUUAACAGGGAAGUAUCUCACUGGAUGAGAGGUCUUACCAAGAGUGAUAGUGGUCAUGACAUCCCCUUCAUUGCCACCCGGGGCUAUGACAGUGUUGUUUGGAAUCGCUUGUACUCUAGAGAUAUCUCAGAUUUGGAGGAAUAUCAGAUACACUAUAUGCUUGAAGAGACACUGCAAGGAAUUGGAGCUAAGGCAAUGGUUGUUGGACAUACUCCUCAAACGGAAGGAAUAAAUUGUAAAUACAACUGUAGUAUAUGGCGGGUCGAUGUGGGGAUGUCCAGUGGAGUUCUAAACUCAAGACCUGAGGUUCUGGAAAUAAGAGACAAUCAAGCAAGAGUUAUAAGGAGCCGGAGGGGCAAGUAUAAUGAACUUGAGGCCAUUGAUUAUACAUAAAAGGCAAACAAA